GAAUGCUAGAGGGAAUAGCAAAUGGUUAUACAAUGCUACCUCAAGACUGGAAAGAUCUGAUGCGCAUGCUUUUAUCCCCGGCUCAGUAUGUGGUGUUUGAGAGUGAAUUUAAACAUAGCGCAUCAGCCCUGUCUGAUCCACAGCAUUCAGCCAAUCAACUUUAUGGCGCGGGUCCGUAUGAUAAUAUACCAGCCCAGGCGACGCUGACACCUUUACAUUUUAGUCGCACCGCGACCUGUGUACAAUGCGCCUUUCGGAAAGUCCCUGUCUCAGGGCAACCGCUGAGCUCCUUUGUCAAUAUUAAGCAACAGCAUUCGGAGCCCUACCAUCAGUUUAUAGAUAGAUUGAAAGAAUCAGUCACUAGGCAGAUUGAUAACACUACAGCUCAAAAUGAAUUGAUGAAAAAAUUGGCUUUUGAAAAUGCAAACACCGAUUGCAAGAAAGCGUUGCAGUCAAUCAUACAUCGCCCUAAAUAUGACCUGGCCGAUAAGAUUCAAGCUUGUGCGGAUGUUGGUAGCCAGAGCCAUGCGAUGUCUUUGCUUGCCGGUGCAAUCCGCCUACCGGCAACUGCUUCAAUUGCAAGCGCCCAGGCCAUUUCGCUAAACAAUGCAGAGCCCCUGGCGGGGGGGCAAACAGGAAUGGUGAUGCCAACAAGGCUAAACCUUCCAAAAAAUGCCCGAAAUGCGGGAAAGGCUAUCAUUGGGCUAAUCAAUGCAGGAGUCCGGGAAACUCCAUAG